GUUUGCAUCCCUAACUCUCCAGUUACUUAACAAAGCUAUCCUGAGCUAAGAGCAACACCCGUCCUUCCUUCUUGAAGUUUUGACUGGAGCAGUGAAGAUGUUGUUGGUUCGGCUGCUAAUUUUGGCACCAAUGCUUGCAGGAUAUGUUCAAGGCUUUCCAGAAAUAAAUACGAUAGAAGCAAGAGUGCUGGAAGACGUUCCCCCAGGUGAUUUUGCUUUCCAAGUUGAAGCUACUGAUACGAACGGAGCGCCAUUAACCUACAAAUUUAUAACAACGGGGGAGUUUGGAGAAGGUGCAUCCUACUUCAAAAUAGAUGCAAAUACAGGACGAGUUACUGUCCUUCGUGAGUUGGACAGAGAAACUAAACCAGUGAUUAGAGUUCAAGUCGAAGUUUCCAGUGGCGAAAUUGAUCGAGCAGUCAUUCCUGUAAUUGUGGAGGAUGCCAAUGACAACUGGCCUGUUUUCCAAAAUGGGCCCUUUAAUGAAGAAGUCCCAGAAAACACAGCAGUAGACACAGUUUUAUUCCGAGCAAUUGCCACCGACGCUGACUUCAACACAGCGGCAGCUGUGACGUACUCUAUUUCAAAAGCUAUACCAGAGGAGGGCCUGUCACUUUUUUCAAUCUUUCCAUCGACCGGUGAAGUCAGGCUCAUGGGAAAACUGGACUUCAGCAAAAGCAGUUUCUACCAGUUGGAGAUCAAUGCCACUGAUGGCGGGGGUCCCUUUGAAGGGCAGACAGUUUUUCGGUGGACCACUACGGGAGCUUUCAUCAAGGUCAAGGACGUUCCCGACCUUGAUCCCCAGUUCUUACGGCUUCCCUAUUCCGCCAUUGUGAACGAACAUGCUAUCAUAGGUCGCUCUGUGUUUCAAGUGCAAGCUUUCGAUCCAGACACGGAAGUUAGAGACAUUAUCCUCUACAGUAUUUCAAAUUCUACUGCACCAGAGUUGUUCAGCAUCGACCAAAGCAGCGGAAUUAUAUCAGUCAGAAGCGUACUUGACCGUGAAAGUUUGUUGGAUAUUGAUGCUACGGUCAUACUGCAGGUUGUGGCCAGAGAGAGCAACCUAAAUGUUAACGGGAUUCAGGCCAGCAGCUCGGCCGAAGUGGAAAUCAGGAUUUUGGACAUCAAUGACAACAAACCCCUGUUCUAUGCGUGCAAUGCCGACCCAUGUGACUUCACCACAGUGGCACACAGCUUCAGUGGCAACGUUGAUGAGGAGUCCUCUAGGGGCGUGACCGUUGCGGGGCUGAACAUGGGUGUUAAGGACUUGGAUGAGGGUGCGAAUGCCGUGUUCACUCUUCACCUCGAGGGGCCGGACAAAGAUGCGUUUUCGGUCACGCUCCUCCCACUAACCGGAUUUGUGCAGAUUAGCAUCGAGAGGCCUCGAGACGUUGACUAUGAGAAGAAAAAGAUCAUGACCGUGCAGGUGGUUGCCACGGAUGCCUCCAUACCCGAAGACUGCUGUUCCACAGCAACGGUCACCAUCCAGAUCAACGACAUUAACGACAACACCCCAGCUUUCAAGAAUGAGAGCUACAGGCUGGAGGUCAAAGAGCACAGUGCUGUGGGCACUGUCAUAGCCACCAUUACGGCUACAGAUCCAGACACUGAGGACGAGGGAAAGCUCAUCUACUCGCUGGCUUCGGGAAGCAUACUGCAGUACUUUACCGUUGACCCGAAGAACGGCUCCGUCAUGGUGAACAGCGAGAAUAUAGACCGGGAAAUCCGGAGCUCUUACACAGCCACCCUGCAAGCCUCUGACACUGCCGGCAGAAUGGGAUUCACCACCCUGGAGAUCACCAUACUGGACAUCAAUGACCACGCCCCCGUAAUAAUGCGGGACAAGUACGAGGAAUUUAUAAAGGAGGGACCCGGAAAAAAGCUGGAGAUUCAGAUUCAGGCCCGUGAUGAUGAUGAAGAAGGCACCAACAACAGUAGGAUCUGUUAUGAAAUCAUGCCCAGUGAAUUCAGCCCGAACUUCACCAUCGAUAAGAACACGGGCAAACUGGAGAACAUCGGACCGCUGGACAGGGAGGCUAUCGACCCCUCGGCUAACGGCGUCAUCGAGCUAAAUGUGACGGUGUAUGACAUGGGCGUGCCCAGCCUGUCAUCACAGGUCACAGUCCUGAUCAAUGUAGAGGACAUCAACGAUAACACACCUCAAUUCAGACAGAAAAAUUACCUAUUCUACGUCAAGGAAAGCAUCAAAGGUGCUUUUGUGGGCUCCGUGUCAGCCUACGAUGCCGAUCAGGCGGUCUUCAACAACCGCAUCUCCUUCGACAUCACCAGCGGCGGCUUGGCCAGCUUCACCAUCGUGUCCCUGGAGGAAGGGGAUGGGAAAGGAUACAUGGGGAACAUAUCCGUGGACCAGGACAUCGCGCUGGACUACGAGCAGCGGAAAGAGCCCUACGUCUUCAAGGUGGAGGCCAGAGACGAGGGCCGCAACAAGGACGAGGCUUGGGUGGAGGUGCGCGUCCUGGACGUGAACGACGAGCGGCCCAUCUUUCCGUCCGGUCAGUCCGUGCGGGUGAACGAGAACACCAACGAGACCGUGGUGGGCACCAUCGUAGGGAAAGACCUGGACGGCAACCACAGCCUGACGUACGAGCUCCUCUCCGCCGAGUGCCGCUGCGAAGGCGUCAUGGGGCCGUGCCCGGAGGACUGGUUCAAACUGCUCCCCACGGGCGAGGUGACCGUUAACCCAGAGUUUGCCGUCGACUAUGAGAAGUGCGACCAGGUCAUCUUGGACGCCCAAGUGGUGGACAUCUUUACGGAGAAAGGGCCGAACAACAGCCUUGCAGGUCAGCUGCAAAUUGACAUUGUGGACAUGAAUGACAAUGUGCCGCAGUUCAUCAUCUCUGAGGCUCUCUUUAUUGUUGUCAAUGAAAAAACAGAGAAAGGGACCUCAGUUGCGGUUGUCACUGCAACCGAUCUGGAUUCUGGCAAAAACAAGGAGAUAACUUUCAGCGUGCUGACCACAGAGUUUAUCAGCUCAGAUAACGAGAUCUCAAAAGAAUCCCUCUUCUAUGUUGACACGGUUGCAGAACAAGAUGCUUACGUUGGAACAAUCAAGACUAUCGGAAGUCUAGCCAGUGACAGGAAAGGGAAAUAUUUGGUCACAGUUGAAGCGGCAAACAUAGCAGUGGAACCGCAGCUCAAAAACUCCACUCAGCUUGAGAUUUAUACCAUUGACAGCAGUUUCCGUGUUGAACUUUACUUUGAGUCUUCUGUGGAUCAAAUCAAUGACAACAUCAAUGAAAUCAGAAGGACUCUGUCAUCUGCGACCAAGGCCACAGUGCAUAUUUUGAGGACGGCGGCAGUGAGCUCUGCACAAAGAGCCACAGCACUCACACUUUUGGAAGCUUACUUUGUCUACCUCAACGGUACUGCGAUCCAGUCGGAGACUGUUGAGAAGGUGCUACAGGAAGACCUGUACCACGCAAAUAUACUCAAAGACUUUGGACUCACAGGCAUUGUGUCAGGAGCGACAGACCCGGGGGUCGUUGACCCUGUGCGCUUCAUCCUGCUGGGCUUGGUAGGGGGUCUUCUGAUUGUUCUGGUUGUCAUGAUAACAUCCCUUGUCUGCACCCAGAGGAACUACAAGAGGAAACUGAAGGCAUCCAAGGCCCUGAACACAGCGUCGAUGGUGGCAGAAGAAAACCAGAAACCCAGCGCCAUCGUCCCUGGCACCAACGUAAUGAAGGCUAACCCUGUGCUGCAUUUGAACAUUGACACAUCGACAGACCUUGGCUUUGAUGAGGAAGACUCCAGCACAGACAGAGCGAGCGUGAACUCCUUGGAUUACAACAUUGAUAUGAACAUGACUGAGAAGGACACAAUGCCCAUGAUACCGAUAGAGGAGGAGAACGAGGAGAUGGAGGAGCACGUUGAACCACUGGACGCUGCUCUGGCUGCACGUGGGAACAAGAAGCAUGCUCCAGCGGCUCCCCACGGCUUCACAAACCCCACCCUUGACACCACUGACCUAUAACCUCUGCCUGGGGGUCAAGGGUCAUACCUUUUCGGUCUCCCACCACAUGACACCAAUACAGUGAUGUGUACCUUGCCAAUGGACUGCCCGUAAAGCAAACAUCAAUUUGCCAGUAAUCUGAAGCAAUCCAAGUUUUGAAAAUUUGUAAUUGUAUUCGUGUAUUUAUGAAGGCCAUACAUUCCCCAAAACCAGGGACAAACUGGCUAUUAUGUGAAUUAUGUUUUAUUUUUUGAACGAAUGCAAAUAUAUUUGCUCCAUAUUUAAAUCCUCGUAUGUAGAGUGCUUUACCAAAUGAUAUAAAAAUGUAUUUUUUUAUUUGUAAAAAAAACGGUUCUUUAGUGCUGGAACCAAGCACCUUUUUUUCCUCUCACACUUCCCUCACAGAAGAAAGGACAAAUUACCAUUAGUGGGUUGCAGAUUUUUUUUUAACGGGCAACCUGCUGGGUGAAGAGGCUGGUUUGGCCAGCGGAAGGGUGGCGGUUAAUGGCGGCGCUCCUCUGUCCGAUACCCCCGGUUACGGAGAGCAAAAUGUCAGCUAUUCUGACCCAGAAUAAUGGCGGCGAAGAGAACAGGAGAAGAAAAAAUAGAAAAGCCCCCCCGAAGCCGAAGAUUUGUCUGUGAAUUAAGGGUAGAUGAUUCACCGGUACAAAAGAUUCACCUUUUGCCCGAGCUCUGCCGUACAGUGCCCGACGGCACACUGCUGCAGUCUGACUGCAACCUUCUCAGUUAAUUCUCUCUCUCCGAUUUCAGUUCUGUAAUCAUGCAGCCUGUGUACAACACCUGUCAUAAAGGCAUCAGAUUGCAUUUGUCUUACGUUGCUUGGCAAAUAAAUUAUAAGAAUAUGUAA